AUUCUUCAGACAUAAAGAACCAAGCGAGGCACAACCCCUCAGUAUGCCUCUCUUUCAUCACGGACUUUCUCUCUCUCCAAGCCGCCACCAUCACCACCUCCUCCCUUCUACCACCACCAAGAAAAUAGUCCCAAUCCUCACCAUGUCCUUCUCUGCAUCAUCACCAUCCCAAUCCCAAUCACCAUCACCAUCACUUUCUGCACCACAAGACUCAGACAAUCUAAAGGAGCUCUUACUGACCCAAGUCUUGAAAUACCACAACCAGACCAAACAUUCAUUCACCAACUACGCCAAAGGUCCUCACGGUCUUGACUGGGCAAACCAACCCAACCCAUUCCGCCGCUAUAUCUCUGCCCCUCUCAUCCCUCUUUUUCAUCUUCCCACAGACAAUUCUAACCCGAACCCUUCAUCGACAACUGACUCGCCUCUUUACUCUUCGGUCUUCAACGCACUCCCAUCUCCAAAACCCAUCUCCAAAUCCACCGUUUCUCAGCUUUUCUACGAUUCCCUCGCUUUAUCAGCUUGGAAAACUGCUGGGUUCUCAACUUGGUCACUCCGUGUAAACCCUAGCAGUGGCAAUCUCCAUCCAACCGAAGCCUACAUAAUUUCCCCACCGGUAGAAUCAAUCUCAAGUUCCCCAUUUGUAGCUCAUUAUGCGCCGAAAGAGCAUUCAUUGGAAAUCAGAACCCAAAUUCCAUCUUGGUUUUUAACCAAUUUUUUCCCAGAAAAUUCUUUUAUUAUUGGGUUUUCGUCAAUUUUUUGGCGCGAAGCUUGGAAAUAUGGUGAAAGGGCCUUCAGGUAUUGUAAUCAUGAUGUGGGUCAUGCCAUUGCGGCGGUUUCAAUGGCCGCGGCGGGGCUUGGUUGGGAUGUGAAAAUUUUAGAUGGAUUGGGCUAUGGAGAUUUGAAGAAACUCAUGGGGCUUGAAAUUUUUCCGGAGAUUGAAAUUCCCUCUAGACCCAUAAAAGGAAAAAUUCCCCAGAUUGAAUUCGAGCACCCGGAUUGUCUUCUUGUUGUUUUUCCUAAUGGGGUUGGUGAAUUUGAUGUGAAUUAUAAGGAACUGAGUUCAGCCAUAUCGAAGUUUUCAGAAUUAGAUUGGAAGGGAAAGCCUAAUGUGCUCAGUAAAGGGCACGUGUGUUGGGAUAUUAUAUAUAGAACAGCUGAGGCCGUGAACAAGCCUUUAAUGGUACAGAACAAGUUCAAAUUUGAUCCAUUUCAGAGCAGUGGUUUGUUUAGUGAAAGUUCAUAUAAGGGUUUAAGUUUGAGGGAAGUGGUUAGGAAGCGAAGGAGUGCGGUUGAUAUGGAUGGACAUACUGUAAUGGCUAGGGAAACAUUUUAUCAGAUUCUAUUGCAUUGUCUUCCUUCGGGGUCUCGAAGUAGAGAGAAGCAAGGAAGAGAAUUGGCAUUGCCAUUUCGGGCUCUUUGUUGGGAUUCUGAGGUGCAUGCUGCUUUGUUUGUUCACAGGGUUGUAGGGUUGCCAAAGGGUUUGUAUUUUUUGGUGAGAAAUGAGGAGCAUUUUGAUGAUCUUAGGAACGCUACAAAGUCUGAAUUUAAGUGGAAGAAACCAGAAGGGUGCCCUGAUGAUCUACCUUUAUAUGAACUGGCAAGAGGUGAUUGUCGUGAGCUUUCCAAACGGCUUUCUUGCCAUCAGGAUAUUGCCAGUGAUGGAUGCUUCAGCCUGGGUAUGGUGGCUCAUCUUGAGCCCACCUUACGUGACAUGGGUGCGUGGAUGUAUCCUCGGUUAUUUUGGGAAACAGGAGUUCUUGGCCAGGUUUUGUACCUUGAAGCACACGCAGUUGGCAUCUCUGCUACUGGAAUUGGUUGUUUCUUUGAUGAUCCUGUACAUGAGGUGUUUGGUUUAAGAGGAUCAAAUUUCCAGAGCCUUUACCAUUUUACGGCUGGAGGACCAGUUCUUGACAAGCGUAUAAUGAGUCUCCCUGCAUAUCCAGGUCCUGGCAUCGAUGCAUGAUUACAAUCACAGAGGAAUAUCCGCCUCUGCUUACGUUUUCCAAUCUUCAUUAGUAGGUGUACAAAUUUCAUCUAAGGAUCCAACAGAUUAUUACUGAAAUUGAUUGCAACGACGCCUAUUGUAUCAAGUACUAUUUACCAUUGUAAAUAAUGUAGGUCGCAUAAAGGCUUUUAUAUAGUGAAAUGCAGUCGGCUGAGUUAUAUUUGAUGUGGGUUUUCUCUUCUUUUUAAAUGCAUGUAAAUGUUCUGAU